AUGACUUGCAGAAUUGUCCAGGCCGCCGGGCCAUGCCUCCAACGACUUGGAAAGGAGCCUCUCACGCAGCAACGAGCUUGUGCUCUCGCGCUGGCCAAUUUCUCAACCUCAACUAGACACCAGUAUGCGUCGGUUCGUAACGCCACCGCUGCGGCCCAGUCGCCCGUCGGGUAUGCACCGUCUACCAAACCUCCGAGUGCCCGACCGGUUGAAACGAGAAAGAGCCAGAUGAUUCGUACAUACACGUCUCUGCUGCGAACCACUCCCUUGAUUCUCUUCUUCCAACACAACAAUCUAACGGCGGUGGAGUGGGCCGCUAUCAGACGUGAGCUUUACAAGGCUAUGGAGGCUGUUCCGGCCCCGAGUGCAGCUGGCGUCGAGUCUCAAAUACUGGCGUCCGAGAUCAAGCUCGCCGUCGUCAGGACCAAUAUGCUCAACGUAGCCAUGAAGAUUGUCGAGUACCAUAACCCGGAGGCCGCGGCGCUACUCUCCUCGACGGCUCGAACCUCGAAGGGCCCCAUCGUUCACGACCUUUCUGAGGCUGCGUACAAGACCAUCAAGGACACUCCUGUUUCUCCCGACUCUGCUUACGGCCAAAUCGAGCCUCUUAUGGUCGGACCCCUUGCGGCGCUAACCAUUCCGGCUGUUUCCCCGGCGCACCUGGCAGCCGCGCUGAGAGUCAUUUCACCUGUUCCCGGAAAGUUUCCUGCGCCCAAGAAGAAGACGAACCCCGGAUACCACGAGCCAACAUGCCAGAACGCACUUGCCAAGCUUCUUCUUGUGGGUGCUCGCGUCGAAGGCAAUAUCUUUGACCAGGAGGGAGUGAGAUGGAUCGGUGGCAUUGAAAGCGGACUUGACGGACUUCGCGCCCAGCUGGUCCACGUCCUCCAGAGCGCCGGUCUUGGUGUCACCACUGCUCUGGAAGGUGGUAGCAAGAGUCUCUGGCUGGCCCUCGAGGGACGGAAGUCUCAACUGGAGGAAUGGAGCGGAGAGAAGAAAACGGAAGAGUGA